AUGGCAGUUUUCAGUCAAAUUAAAAAUUUCAUCAAAAGUGGAAAGAGUUACACUUCUUCUAGUCACUCUUCUUCUUCCCAGCAACAUAAAUACGAAACAGCACAACGCUUAGUAGAAGAGGAAAAAAGAGCCAGAUCUACGAUGCCAGCGUACGAAGGACUGGAGAACUAUCAACUAAAGAGGAAACUGGGAGAUGGAGCCUUUUCAAAGGUCUAUGAAGCUGUCGAUUUGACUUCUAACGAAAAAGUAGCCAUUAAAAUAGUUCGUAAAUUAGAACUUAAUAAUCAACAAGUAAGUGACACAUGCCUUAAAGCAAGUGUUUUGAAAGAAGUACAAAUUAUGAAAACGCUGAAUCACCCUUCCAUCAUCAAAUUAUACGAGUUUAUUGAAACAAAUGAGCAUUAUUGCUUAGUGUUGGAGCUAUGCGAAGGUGGUGAAAUAUUUCAUCAGAUUGUGCGCUUGACUUAUUUUAGUGAGGAUCUUUCACGUCAUUGCAUACGGCAAGUAGCUGAGGGCAUCAAAUAUUUACAUGAAGAAAGGGGCGUAGUUCACAGAGACAUCAAGCCUGAAAAUCUUUUGUUUGUGCCCAUCGAGUUUAUGGAAAGAGAUACACCUUUACCUCCUAUGAAUGAAUUUGAUGAACCCAAAGAAGAUGAAGGUAAAUUUGUCCCUGGUAUCGGCGGUGGAGGCAUAGGAGCCGUAAAAAUUGCAGAUUUUGGUUUGUCCAAGGUGGUGUGGGAUCAACAAACCAUGACACCUUGUGGUACGGUGGGCUACACUGCACCUGAAAUCGUGAAAGAUCAACGCUAUUCAAAGUCAGUCGAUAUGUGGGCGUUGGGCUGUGUCUUGUAUACCUUAUUAUGUGGCUUCCCUCCCUUCUACGAUGAGUCAAUCAAGGUGUUGACUGAGAAAGUCGCCAAGGGACAAUAUACCUUUUUAAGCCCCUGGUGGGAUAAUAUCUCGGACGAAGCCAAGGAUUUGAUAGAACAUCUGUUGGAUGUAGAUGCAGAUAAACGAUAUACUAUUUUAGAAUUCCUUGAUCAUCCAUGGAUGCAAAAUAAGGUAAUACCCUUCAUCUGAUUGGUUUAAAAAUAACAUAAGCGUCGAUGACUGAUAGAGAGAGAGGGGGGGAUUCCCUUUUUGCCCUUUUUCUUUACCGUUUGGGCUGGCUUUUUUUUUUAGAAAAUGGAUCACAUUGAUAAAGAGGGCAUCCGUUCAAAAACUU